GUACUGUUCUUGUUGACCUCAUUUAGGACUUUGGGAAUUAUCACCUUGGUGUCAUGUCCUGGAUCAUACCUGUCUUUGUGGGUUUAUCGUGCUUUGGAUCCGUUAAUGGAUCCCUCUUCACCUCUUCCCGGCUGUUCUUCGUUGGAUCCCGAGAAGGACACCUACCUUCAAUUCUCUCCAUGAUUCACCCGAGGCUUCUCACUCCUGUACCAUCCCUCGUCUUUACGUGUGUCAUGACCCUGCUCUACGCAUUCUCCAAUGACAUUUUCUCAGUCAUCAACUUCUUCAGCUUCUUCAACUGGCUGUGUGUGGCCCUGGCCAUCAUAGGCAUGAUGUGGCUGCGUUACAAGAAGCCUGAGCUGGAAAGGCCCAUCAAGGUGAACAUCUGCCUGCCCAUUUUCUUCAUCCUGGCUUGCUUGUUUCUCAUUGCUGUUUCCUUCUGGAUGACACCAAAGGAAUGCGGGAUCGGCUUUGCCAUCAUCUUCAGCGGGAUUCCUUUUUAUUUGUUUGGGGUCUGGUGGCAAAACAAGCCCAAGUGGAUUCUCCAGGGCAUCUUCCACGCAACAGCCAUGUGCCAGAAACUGAUGGAGGUGGUUCCGCAAGAAUCGUAAGCAGGAAAAGCAGAGACGUUCAGCUCGAGGAAACGCACAAUAUUGUUUUGAGACGACACAAGGAGAAAAACACUUCUGACCCUUAAUCAAUAAAACCUAAGCACUGGAGCACCCUGUCAGAACUUCUUCAUGUCUGACACGGUGCCACCUGCUCUGCCUUGCCUCCUCCAGCCCUCCUGCUGCCGCCUGAGAAGUUCUCGGUACGAACGUGGUCCAGGAAGAGGAAUUCCUGCUGGCGACUUCUUGUGCAUCCAGUCAGCCUCUGUGCGUGUGUGUGUGUGUGUGUGUGUGUGUGUGUGAGACUGAGGGCCGUGCCUCAGUUCUGUGUGGGCUUACUAAGAUGAGUGAUGAGCCUAAUCAACCUGCCCUGCCUGGUCAGGGGGUGGGUGAGAAGGAAGGGUUAUCUGAGGGUUUGGGCUGAUGCUGGCUCUCACGCACGUGCAAGCUCACGUCUAAAUCUGUGCUACUGGUGCUUUGUGUUUUAUCCAGGGAGUGCCACUGGUGGUGAUGGAUAGAGGUGAGACAAGGCAGAGCAGAACUAGUGUCAGAGAAAUGAGAAUGAGGAGGCCUCGUCUGACUUGGCCGUCUGGUCCCCGGCUGUUGUGUGGUUGUAGCUCUCAGUUCCAAACCAUCUCCAGCUGUUGAGCCAGUUCGCUGGGAUGCCCUUCUCAAAAAUGCCCACCUUGAGCCCUGUGUGAUAGCGCUGGGAUGGAGCAGGCCCCGUUGCUCCCAGUCAGCCCAGGGAACUGCAGGAGGUCGAUUCCUUAGCUUGCUCACCCUUGUUUUCGUGUACAUGUCAUCCAACGUGGGGUGAGCCCUGCUUUGUCCUGUCCUUGCCCUAAGGGUGAUCAAUACAUGCCCCUAAGCCCACUACGAAGACAAAAUAUGGGUGGGAUUCUCCUGGUUUGUUCCCUGGGUUCUGCAUGAGUGGUAGGACCAACUGGGUCUGGGGAGUAGAAGAGGGCACACACCCCAAAUGGCUGGGGCCUGCUUUAAUCCUGGUCUGCUGUUUUGCUCAAGGAAGCCAGGACUAGAGGCUUCUUGAACAAGUGGCUCAUAUUGCCUCUGCAUUCCAGGUGAUAGUCAAUUGGAAAUCAAAUGCAUCUUUUCCCCACCAGUAAGCUGCACUUGUCUCUGUUACAAUCUUCUUUGUGCUUGUACUUCAGAAAAUGGUUGUUGAUUUUUUUUUUUUUCUCUACCAUACUUUUGUAAAUUAAGCUGUUUGGAAGCUGGCAUCCUCCAAGAGCAAUUGCUAUCUACUGGAUUCUCCUCUUAGCAUAGAGUAAUUUUGGAGAAGAGGCAUUAAGGACACCAAUGGUACUACUAGCUCAUGCUUUGUCCUUUUAAGAAGCUCUUCAGCAAAAAAAGCUUCUGUCCCAGCGUGUGUGGCAGUGACCACAGCUAUGUCCCACACGUGUCUACGUGCAGCUCCUUGCUACUGCUUUGCCAGGCGUGCAUCUUUGCUUUAAGGCAGGAGUAGGUGAGACAGUCAUCACACUGAAACCUGUGUGGUCACACUGCUUAUUCCGUGGCAAUACAGUGCAGAGAUACCCAGCCCAGCUCUGCUAUGCUUCACGUGUGUCAACUUGAGCUGAGUUAACCUAUGGAGAAUUGCAGCUGGUUGGGGUAUGUCUGCAGUGCAGAAGUACCCAAAGUUCUGGCCAGUGCACGGCUGUUCAGGGACCUACGUGCAAUGAAUUGGAGCAUCUCAGAGCCAGUGCCCAUGGAGAGACACUUGCAUAGAUAAGGUCAUGAGCUAUAUAAAUCCUGAACUCGGUUUCCCCUCUUUACGAGGAGUCCUCUUCCAGCUGAAGGCUGAGAUGUUUUUGCAGGGUAGCGAUGGGAGGUCGCUCCUUAUGGGCCUGCUUCAUGGGGAAAAACCUGUCUCUCCCCUUCCCCUUUGGUCUCGGCAGUGUUUGGCUGCAGCGGUCUCAGGACUGGUUUCCUGCACGGCCUGGAUUGAAUUUAGGGACUCUGAGUGCUAAUAAUAUAAACCAGCAGAAUUAAGUCGAGUACUGAUUUACAUCAGAUUUAACUUGCAUCACAAGACCAAUCCACAGAGAGCUCAGAAAUGGGUCCAAGUCUCCCAGACGUGUGGGGAUUGCUUGGUUUGGGCAUAUCUCUUAAUGACUUUCAUCAGUGAUGAAGACCAUCAAUAAACAAUAUCCUCUUGGUGACCCUUUCACACUGGUUUUACAGAGGAGAUGUCACACUGAGAUUUAUUUUUUUAUUAACUGAUCUUAAUUAAAACCUUAAUUCGCUCGCUUGCUUUUUAAAAACAUUGAUUCUUUUCUACUUGCUGCUAAGGUUCUUUCUGUUGUGCUACUAAACCUGCUGCCUCUGGCGUUGACGUUGCACAUUGUGCAGUGACCUUUCCACAGCAAUAGAGGUAUAGGAGAAACCCAACCAGGCACCAGCACAAAUUCACACAACUUUUGUAUCGGACCAGCUCCCAUCUCAGCCCUCCCAAAGCCUGAUUUCUUAUAUCCCUGAUUCAUGGAGGCUGCUCGUUCCCCAUUGCUAGAGCUUGGUGGCAUGGCUGGUAGAGAAGGCUUUUACACUAGAGAUCUGGGAGGUGAUAAAUAAGGAGAUAAGACCAAAUUUCAUUUCAACAAGAAAAUGUGACUAAAGCCAUUUCUCCAAGGGGUGAAAGCUGUAAGUGGCUGUGGCUCUGUAGUCGUGUCCCUGUGAGCAUUACUGUGCAGUGACUGUUGUACAAAGCUGAGCCCUGAGCCUUGCUGCUCUUCAUGAAGCUUGGUUGUGAGUCUUUGGAGUCCCAGCACUGUGGGUAUUAUGGAACAGCAUCCCAUGGGAUUCAGAGGAGACCGCAGCCCAUGGCUUUGCUUCAGGUUCCUCUUCCUGAGCAUGAACUUGCUCUGGUAAACAAACCAUUGUGUUCCAGCAGUCCCAUCAGUGCACAACUGAGUUCAAAGGGGCUCCAUUGCUUGCACAAACUUUCAAGACCCGUUGGGUGGAAGCUGGUGCAGAGUGGCUUUGUUCUGUGUGCUGAGCACCAUGGGGAGAGCUGUACGGUGCUGCUGGCCCUGCAGGAAGGUUUCCUCUGUCUGCUGCUGCCUGUGCCUUUAGCCAUGGCCACAGUGCUCUGAGGCUUUAAUAACAAUCCAAAAGGAAGCAAACAGCUUGUGUUGUCCUUACACAACACGCUGGCUGUCUGGGUGGGACAGCAGCUUGUGCACAGCCUCGUUCCCAAAGACAUCCAAAGGGAAGGCACAGCACGGCCAGACCCUGCUGGGCUUUUGCCUUUGGAAGCUGCUGAAGCCGCUCUGCAGCUGGGGAAGGGCAGCCUGGGAGCUGUGCUGAGAGUCAGCACCUCCCCAGAGCUCUGCAUUACAGUCCCACGUCUAUCCAUGGUGUGGAUGGGAGGUGGUCCUGUGAUGGUUGAGCCCUCAGCCCUGAGCUGCCACAGGGCUGUCCUUUGCUGCUUGCUUCAGGAGCGGCCGCAGCCUCACGCUGGCUCUGCCCGUAAGUGGGAAGUUUCUUCCCAGUUUACACAAUCCAAACUGGAACUGGCGACAGGGUGGGGGCCGCACACUGCUCAGGGUCUGCCGUAGCCCCUGGCAUGGCACAGCCCUCCCCCCAGCCGUGGUGGUUGGUGAUGUCCCUUGGGUUUGGUCAUCCCUAAGGAAUCGAUGUCCAGAGGAUUUUCUUUGUUUUGGGCUCCUUGCGUUAGAAGGGGCGAUGCUUCCCCAGCUGCUGAGCGUCAGCGAGAAAAGGAAAAAAA